AUGAGGGACCCCACGGAGUGCGGCCGGCCACCACCCACACGCCGCCGAAGCGGAAGGAGGACGAGAAGCCGUCUCCCACCCAGCGGCUCGGCAGCCUCGGCGCUCGCACCGGGGGCUGGGGCUUUGCGGCAGCGGAGCAAGCGGCCUGAGGCUGAAGUACCGAAACUCGGCGCCGGGAAGCGCAGCGCGCACCGCCCGGCCGCCAGCGCGCAUGCGCGGCGCGGCGGGCGCUCCGGGCCGACUCCCGGCGCUGGCUUUUGGGACGCUGGGAUGCGGUGUGGCGGCUGGGAGGCGCCCUGGCUCCACGUGGGAGCUCCAGCCCUGGCCCACUGGUGUGCUGCAUUUCCGUUGUUGGAACACAUGGGUCCAACUGUUCAUCAUUUGCUAAAGUGGGUAGGCAGAUUUGAGAAAGUGAGGUGUGACCAAAAAUUUAUAAAGGAAAAAAGUACCCAACAGACCACUCUCACUAAUGUUCUGACUAGAAACACCAUCCUAUUUGCAGGGAUAAUUCAGAUGAUCCCAGAAACUUCCACAAGUGGAAUUAUUACCACAACUGACAAAGACCAUCAUCGGACUCUACAUGGACAGAUUGUUCAAUUCAAACUCUCGGACAUUGGCGAAGGCAUUAGAGAAGUAACUGUUAAAGAGUGGUAUGUAAAAGAAGGAGAUACAGUGUCUCAGUUUGAUAGCAUCUGUGAAGUUCAAAGUGAUAAAGCUUCUGUUACCAUCACUAGUCGUUAUGAUGGAGUCAUUAAAAAACUAUAUUAUAAUCUAGAUGAGAUUGCCUAUGUGGGGAAGCCAUUAGUAGACAUAGAGACGGAAGCUCUGAAAGAUUCAGAAGAAGAUGUUGUUGAAACUCCCGCUGUGUCCCAUGAUGAACACACACACCAAGAGAUAAGAGGCCAGAAAACACUGGCAACACCUGCCGUCCGCCGCCUUGCGAUGGAGAACAAUGUACAGCCUCCUAAUGCUCUAAGUGUGGGGUGGCUUGUAAAGUAUGAAGUCCUGUCGCAGAAUUUAGCCAGUCAUCCCAUGAUGGAAAUAUUCAAGUUGCAGAGAAAGUACAACGCCAUGGUGCGAGUGACCACACCUGUGAAGGAAGGAAAGCCCAGCCAAAGCAAGAGAGGUGCCUCUCCCGGCCAAAGAGCUCCAAGUGCUUCUGAAAACUUGGGUGAUGUCCCCGGAGGUGAUUUUGGUGGCAAUGACAACUUUGGCUAUGGCGGGAACUUGGAGGUGGCAGAAGCAACAAAGAUUUUAGCAGUAACAAGAAUCAAUCUUAAGAUUUUGGCGCAGAAGCCCUGGCCCAUACCAGACACAAAACUACAGGGUGGUUUGUAUUAUGCCUAUUUUAGAGAUGAGAAAGGGCAAGGCUUUCAUAAAGCAAUGGUGAAGAGCAUGACAGCAGCCCUGAAGAUCCCUCACUUUGGGUACUGUGAGGAGGUCGACCUUACUGAACUGGUUAAGUUGCGAGAAGAAUUAAAACCCAUCGCUCUUGCUCGUGGAAUUAAGCUCUCCUUUAUGCCCUUCUUUUUAAAGGCUGCUUCCUUGGGAUUGCUACAGUUUCCUGUCCUUAAUGCAUCUGUGGACGAAGCAUGCCAGAAUAUAACCUAUAAGUAUGCCAAACCAGUGAUAUUGCCACCUGAAGUUGCAAUUGGGGCUAUUGGAGCAAUUAAGGUCCUGCCCCGGUUUAACCAGAAAGGAGAAGUGUACAAGGCCCAGAUCGUGAAUGUGAGCUGGUCAGCGGAUCACAGAGUCAUCGAUGGUGCUACAAUGUCCCGCUUCUCUAACUUGUGGAAAUCCUACUUAGAAAGCCCGGCUUUUAUGCUCCUCGACCUGAAAUGAGAAUGGACAAGAUCUCCUCGAACUUGUUAACGCCUCCAGAGAAUUAUGCGUAUGUAAAGCCCAGCUGUGCCGGCCCACGUCCUUCACCGUGCUUGGUAGUAUGAAUGAUUUGUAUCGUAUGAUUAAGGUUCUAAGGCACAAUGUUUAUCACUGUCCUGCUAGACUUUUUAUGGAAAAUGAAUAAUGGUGUGAUAGUUCUCUUGGGCCUUCCUAUCAUAGGUCAGAGUGUGACAAUAUGAUGCGAGGUCUUUGUGUCAAUGCCUUGAAGCUGACAGGAACAGCAUACUACUGUUACUGAAAGACAGUGUUUGCCCUGGUCUUUUUUUGAAAAUUGCCUUUUUAACUGACUCUUAUGGAAAACUCUCAUUCAACUACUCUUAGUUGGGAAAAGAAAUAUAUAUACAAAAAUGUUUCCCAUGGCCCCACAAUAAUGCAAAAUAUGAUGUAAAAUAAGUGCAAUUAUACCUGUCCCUUAAGACUCCAGGCGUAUAUUCUUUUUUCUAUACCUGUCCCUUAAGACUCCAGGCGUAUAUUCUUUUUUCUACAUCUGUAGAUGUCUGAUAUAUAUAAAUGAACAUCUUUUAAAAGGAGGAUUAUAAGCUGUGGUCAUAAAAAUGCCCAAUUAUAGUUUUAUAAUCACGAAAGCUAUUAAAGGUAUUUGUUUAAAAUGGCUCAACAUUUAGAGUUUUGGUAGUAUUUUGGCGUUUUGUUGAGAAAACGUCACUUUCGCAAAUUUGCUUUGUGUAAGUAAAGUACUUUAAAUGUAGCGAUCUCUGCCUUCUAGAUGUCUUGGCCUUCAGGUGAAAAAUAAGAGAGGUAAGAAAUUGGGGCUGAUCCUGUCCUCUCGGUCCUGAAUGGGAGGGGAAGAAGGGGAGGGAGAAGCAUUAAGUGGGUAUCAUGGACAGAAAAAUGAAAUGACAAAUGUGAAACACAAGUAAAGGUAUCAUAAUGAUGUUUCUGUUGGAGACUAGCUGUUAGAAAGAGUGUCAGAAUGAGUGUAAUCUCACAUUUUGGUUUGUAUUGAGAAACCCAAGUUGUGUGUAAUGCUGUCGAGAGAAGUGUUGUAUGCCACGUUUAGUUGCUCAAGUGAAGGGCUGAGACAGAGCAACAUCAUUUUGGUAGCCAUUUGAUUCCCUUCAAAAUGGAAAAAAUGGAUACCUACCAAAGUAAUGAAGAGUCCAGGGAAUAGUUCCUAAGAAUAAGUCAUUCAUAAUCCUACCAUUAUUAAAAUUUUAACCAUGUAACAGUAUAUACAGGUAUUCCUUUUAUAAUAAUGGAUCAUACAAUAGCUACUAUUUUAUAAUUCAAUUUUUAAAGUUUAAUAAUACAUUAUGGGUCACUUCACAUGUCAAUAAAUAAAUAAAUCUAAAUUAUAAUUGUAAA